CGAGGAAGGAACGGACAGACCACCGGUUGAGCUCAACGCGUCUCACACAGCUCACAGCAACAAUCCAACUUUUCAUUUUCUUCUUCAUCUACUGUCCUGCUUCCUCUCAUUUCCCUUCAAUCAUUUAUUUCAAUAAACGAAUUUUUCCAACAUAUAUAGAUUCACUAUAAAAACAGAGAGAAAAUGGCAUCGUCCUUGUGCACCCACCAAGUGACCUUCACCUUCCAACCGUCUGGUUAUCAUCGAAAAAGCAACACAAACAACUGCUCCCUGCCUAGACGUUCUCCUUUUGUUUCUCCUCAAACCCUGAAGAGGUUUAAUGGGGAACUCCGUCUCUCACACAACUUCAGCAUCAGCAAUAAGAGGAACUAUAAGCAGCGACAGCUCCAAACAAGAAGAGCCCAUUCAGUAUCUGAUGUCGUUGCUGCGCAAUCCAACUUCGUAAGAGUUCUUCAGACAGUGUGGCGGGUAGCAAAGGAUGGAAUUAAGGCUGGCACCAAUCUUGUGCCUGAUUCUGUUCCAAGACCAGUAGCAAGCAUUGGCAUAGCUGGGAUUGUUUUGAUCAUUUCUGUCUUUGUGCUCAACUCAUUCCUAUCUACAGCAUUUUUUAUACUGGGCAUGGGGUUUAUAUACUUUGUAUUCAUGGCCUUGAACAAGGAUAAAGGUGGCCCAAAAGGUGGUGGAGGGCCUGGUGGCCCCACUGAUGUGGAAGACUCUUUAGAAGAAGCAAGAAGGAUAAUGGAAAAGUACAAGUAACAAACUAUUGAGAGUCUGGUGAGUUAUGGAUCUGUCACUAAAUGGAUAACUUCGUAUCUUGGAAAUGUAUAAAUCUUUAUAUGUAUGUGCAUUUGGUCUUCUUCCAAAAAUAUACAUGUUGGAAUUUUUGGGGAAGCCUAUAACUCUAUAAGCAUGCAUAUCAUUCGUUUCCUUGUGGCCAUGAAAUUAAUGAAGUAAGAAGAAAAAUGUCGCACACUGCAAUGAGGAAGAAAUUUCUAAGUUGGACAGUGCUAUGACAGCUCAACUCAAUUCAGCAUUAUUCCAACUAAAUUGAGUCGGUUACAUGGAUCAUUUCCUCAAUCAGCUCUAUUCAAAGACAUAUUUGUUAGUAGGCUUAAGCUAUGCAUGUCUUUUCUCAUCACUUCAUUUAAAGUCGUUUUACGCC